AUGCACACAGGUACAUCUUCAUCGGGGGCCCCCCUUUGCCGUUAUCUAGGGGCCCCCCCUGCCCCUCUCUCCUACUGUACCCACCUGGGGGCCCCCCGCUGGAUUAGGGGGGCCCCCAACCCUUCUGGGGGCCCCCCUCAAGGGGGGCCCCCCCAGGGGGGCCCCCCUCAUCUGCUUUCUUCUCCUGCUGGGGGCCCCCCCCACCCCCCCCUCUCAUCUCUAGGGGGCCCCCAUCCCCUCCCUCGGUGCCCUCCUGGGGGCCCCCCCCCUGGGGGCCCCCCUUCAGGGGGCCCCUAUACUGUAGGCCUUCCUGGGGGCCCCCCUCCUGGGGGCCCCUUUGCCUGGGGGCCCCCCCCUGGGGGCCCCUCUCCGGGGGGGCCCCCCCCUGGGGGCCCCUACAGUGUAGGCCCUCCUGGGGGCCCUCCUGGGGGCCCCCCUUGGGGCCCCCCAGGGCCCCCCCCUGUAUUCUUUUGGCGGCGGCCAGGGCACCGUCUGCAGGGUGCUGCAGCGAGGGGCCCCACGGGGGCCCCUGGGGGCCCCCAGGGGCCCCCCGGGGGGACCCUAUAUAAUAAGAGAGGAGGAGAGGGGGCCCCCAGGGUUCACUUGGGGGGCCCCCUAGAAGAUGUCGAUGCAGCUAUUGCUUCAUUAAAAGCAGAAGGGUACCCAAUACCGCAGUCGCUGCUGCGGGGGCCCCCAGGGGGCCCCCCCCUGGGGGCCCCCCAUGGGGCCCCCCUCGGGGGGGGCCCCCAAGGGGGGCCCCCUGGGGGCCCCCUGAGGGUACUGAAUGUACUGCUUACAUCUGUAGUGACGGGGGCCCCCUCUGUACAUAUUUUGUUUAAUUUAUUGUGGAGAUAUAGGCGGUUUAUAACACCAGCAAAUGCUGCUGCUGCAGUGAAUCGAUUGCUGCUGCUGUUGCAGCAGCAGCAGCAGCAGCAGCAGCAGCAGCAGCAGCAGCAGCAGCUGCAGCAGGUGCUGGAGAAUCCUGUGCUGCAGCAGCUGCUGCAGCAGCUGCUGCGAAAGGGCCUCUACAAACUACGCAGCAGACAUCUGGCUGUUGCUGCUGGGGCCCUUGCAUCCCUCUGCCGCCAGCAGCAGCAGCAGCAGCAGCUGCUGCAGCAGCAGCAGCAGCAGCAGCAGCAGCAGGUAUUCAAUGUGCUGCAGCACCCGCAUGUUGUUAUGGGGGCCCUCAUCAGGGCCUCCCUGUACCCUAGGGGGCCCCUCAGCCCGCGUGCAUGCAGUGCUGUUGCUUGGUCUCUUACAACCCUCAACCAGCUGCUGCAGCAGCAGCAGCAGCAGCAGCAGCAGCAGCAGCAGCAGCAGUUGCUGCUGCUGCAGCAAGUGCAGAUGCAACUGCAGCAGCGAAGCGGAGUGCAGCAACAAUACUACCAAAUGCAGCAGCAGCAGCAGCAGCAGCAGCAGCAGCAGCAACAGCAGCAGCAACUAGAACAACAGCAGCAACAGCAACAGCUGCAACUACUACAUCACCAACUGCAGCAGCAGCAACUGCUGCUGCAGCAGCUACAGCAGCAACAUAUACAUCUGCAGCAGCAGCUCAAAACCCUCCUCGCAUCCCUACGUCUUCGUCUAUGUCAAUUCCUUGGGGGCCCCCAUCAGGGGGGCCCCCACCAGGGGGGCCCCCACCAGGGGGGCCCCCCCCAGGGGGGCCCCCCCCAGGGGGGCCCCCACCAGGGGGGCCCCCCGCUAGGUGCCUAUACACCUGAAAGCUACAGCGACUGCAUGCAGCCCCGCGAUAUCUGCACGCAGCAGCAGCAGCAGCAGCAGCAGCAGCAGAAGCAGCAGCAGCAGAAGGAGAAGCAUCAUCGUUACCGUUGUGAUCGUCAGCAGCUGCAGCAGCAGGAAGAAGAGCAGCAGCAGCAGCAGCAGCAGCAGCAGCAGCAGCAGCAGCAGCAGCAGCAGGGAUUGAGUGCUGUUGACCUGCGUAUGCUGGCGGAUGCACCGGGUGAGGGAGCAACAGCAGCAGCAGCAGCAGCAGCACCAGGGAGAGCAGCAACCCCACAAGCAGCAGCAGCAGCAGCAGCAGCAGCAGCAAUGCGAGACAGGGAGGCAUCUUUGUCUACUCUUGUUGCUGUUGCUGCUGCGCUAGCUGAAGCAGCAGCACUGCAGCAAGCAGCUGCUGCUGCUGUUGCUGCAGCCCUCUGCAGCAGCAGCCGUCUGCUGCAGCAGCAGCAGCAGCAGCAGCAGCAGCAGAUGAGGGGCCCCUUCGAGUCCCUGUGUCGCUGCUUUUGCUCUUUCUUGUCAACACUAGCGCAGCAGCAGCAACAGCAGCAGCAGCAGCUGUUGCAGCAACUGCAGCAGCAGCAGCAGCGCGAACGAAGGCAGCUGAAGCAGCGGCAGCGGCAGCAGCUGCAGCAGCUGCAGCAGCAGCAGCAGCAGCAGCAACAGGAGCUGCAGCAACAACAGCAGCAGCUGCAGCAGCUGCAGCAGCAGCAGCAAGAAGAGGAGCAAAGGCAUAUGCAGCAGCUGCAGCAGCAACAGCAGCAGCUGCUGCAGCAGCAGCAGGAUGAUAGUAAGCGUAUAUUUAUCGAUUGUCUUCUUUCUUUGCUGCAGCUGCUGGAGCAGCAGCAGCAGCAGCAGCAACAGCAGCAGCAGCAGCAGCAGCAGCAGAACACUGCCCCCUUUAAUCAAUAUGGGGGGCCCCCCUUCCUCUCCCUCCCGCUGCUGCGGCAGCUACUGGGGGCCCUAAAGACAGCAGCAGCAGCACCAACAACCCUGCUGCAGCAGAUAGAUGCAGCAGCAGCAAACCAGCUGCAAGCCCUCCUCAUCAAUACAAAAGACAACCCUUGGGGGGCCCCCCAUAGGGGCCCCCAUAGGGGCCCCCCACUGUACCCUCUAGGGGGCCCCCUGGGGGCCCCCCUACAACAUCCUCAUGGGGGCCCCCUGGGGGCCCCUCUGGGGGCCCCCCUAUCAGCAGCCCUAGGGGGGGCCCCCCAACAGGUCUCUGAAGGGGGGGCCCCCAAGGAAGAGGACGAUAUGAAGAAGAUAGAGGAGCUGCUGCUGCAGAUAUACGGAGAAGCAAACAAACAGCUUGCUGCUGCUGCUGCUGCUGCUGCUGCUUCUGCUGCUGCAGCAGUUGAUGCACCGGGUGAAGAAGCAACAGCAGCAGCAACAGCAGCAGCAACAGCAGCAGCAGCAGGGAGAGGAGCAAUCCCACAAGCAGCAGCAGCAGCAGCAGCAGCAGCAAUGCGAGACAGGGAGGCAUCUUUGUCUACUCUUGUUGCUGUUGCUGCUGCGCUAGCUGAAGCAGCAGCACUGCAGCAAGCAGCAGCUGCUGCUGUUGCUGCAGCCCUCUGCAGCAGCAGCCGUCUGCUGCAGCAGCAGCUGCAGCAGCAGCAGCAGCAGCAGCAGCAGCAGCAGCAGCAGAUGAGGGGCCCCUUCGAGUCCCUGUGUCGCUGCUUUUGCUCCUUCUUGUCAACACUAGCGCUGCAGCAGCAACAGCAGCAGCAGCAGCUGCUGCAGCAACUGCAGCAGCAGCAGCAGCGCGAACGAAGGCGGCUGAAGCAGCGGCAGCGGGAGCAGCUGCAGCAGCUGCAGCAGCAGCAGCAGCAGCAGCAACAGGAGCUGCAGCAACAACAGCAGCAGCUGCAGCAGCUGCAGCAGCAGCAGCAAGAAGAGGAGCAAAGGCAUAUGCAGCAGCUGCAGCAGCAACAGCAGCAGCUGCUGCAGCAGCAGCAGGAUGAUAGUAAGCGUAUAUUUAUCGAUUGUCUUCUUUCUUUGCUGCAGCUGCUGGAGCAGCAGCAGCAGCAGCAGCAGCAGCAGCAGCAGCAGCAGCAGAACACUGCCCCCUUCAAUCAAUAUGGGGGGCCCCCCUUCCUCUCCCUCCCGCUGCUGCGGCAGCUGCUGGGGGCCCUAAAGACAGCAGCAGCAGCACCAACAUCUCUGCUGCAGCAGAUAGAUGCAGCAGCAGCAAACCAGCUGCAAGCCCUCCUCAUCAAUACAAAAGGCAACCCUUGGGGGCCCCCCCAUAGGGGCCCCCAUAGGGGCCCCCCACUGUACCCUCUGGGGGGCCCCCUGGGGGCCCCCCUGCAACAUUCUCAUGGGGGCCCCCUGGGGGCCCCCCUGGGCCCCCCCCUAACAGCAGCCCUAGGGGGGGCCCCCCAACAGGUCUCCGAAGGGUCCCCCCUAGGGGCCCCCCUAGGGGCCCCCUUGACGGCAAACUCUAUAGGGGCCCCCAUGGGGGCCCCUAUAGGGGGCCCCCUAGGGGCCCCCCUAUCAGCCGCCGCAGGAGGGGGCCCCCUAGCAGCAACCCUAGAAGCCCCCAUAGGGACCCCUCUAGGGGGCCCCCUUGGGGGCCCUAUAGGGGCCCCCCUAGUACCCCCCUUGGGGGCCCCCCUAGGGCCCCCCUUGGGGGCCCCCCUAGGGGCCCCCGAAGGGUCUCUCCUAGGGGCCCCCCUAGGGCCCCUCAUCGGGGGCCCCCUGGGGGCCCCCGGGGGGGCCCCCCUAGGGGCCCCCAAGGUGUAUAAGGAGUGGUGUGAGGGUUGGCGUAGUUUGGUGUUUAUAGUUUUUGUGUUUUCUUCGUUGGGGGUACCGUGCCCCCGUUUGCUGCGGCUUGUUGCUGCAGCACUGCAGCAGCAGCAGCAGCAGCUGGUGCAGCAACUGCAGCAGCAGCAGCAGCGACAGCAGCAGCAACAGCAGCAACAGCAGCAACAGCAACAGAAACAGUAUUAUUAUCAACUGCAGCAACACCAUAACCAAUCGCAUCAUCAUCUUCAGCAGCAACAGCAGCAGCAGCAGCAACAGCAGCAACAGCCCCGUUUGCUGCGGCUUGUUGCUGCAGCACUGCAGCAGCAGCAGCAGCAGCUGGUGCAGCAACUGCAACAGCUGCAGCAGCAGCAGCAACAGCAGCAGCAACAGCAGCAGCAGCAACAGAAACAGUAUUAUUAUCAACUGCAGCAACACCAUAACCAACAGCAUCAUCAUCUUCAGCAGCAUCAGCAGCAGCAGCAGCAACAGCAGCAACAGCAACAGCAGCAGCAGCAACAGCAGCAGCAAAAUAUAUAUUUCCCUUCUAUUCUUUUUCCUUUCUCUCCUUCUCUAGCCUCUCACCUUCUUUGGUCUCUAUCCAUGCAAAUUCAGUUCUUUCAUCCCCCCAGUAUCACUCAUCACCAAGGGGGCCCCCAGGGGGGCCCCCAGGGGGCCCCCUUCGGGGGCCCCGCUGGCCAACUGUACCCUGGGGGCCCCCAGGGAGACGACCAGGGGGGCCCCCCAGGGGGUGGCCCCCAAGAGGGGCCCCUACAGGCAAUCCAGCAGCAGCAGCAGCAGCAACAGCAGCAGCAGCAGCAGCAACAGGAACGGAUUCAACAGCUUCAGGAGCAGCAGCACCAUCAGCAGCAGCAGCAACAGCAACACCAGCAGCAGCAGCAGCAGCAGCAGCAGCAGCAGCAGAAGAUAUAA